GAGGUAUUGUGUUUUGUUCAACUAGUGUAGGUAGUGUAGCUGAUACUUCGUACAAACACUGGUCUACUGUGAUUUCAGAGUCAAGGGAAGAGCAAUAAGUACUUGUUAUAAUCACACUAAACAUCAUCCCCACUCACUAGGCCUUUUAGUGUCAGGUUAUCUUCAGGAGGUCAGCAAGCAGCUGAGUCCUCUGGACUACUGCCAGUCAGUUCUCUCCAAUGCCCAGCACUACAGUGGCUUCAACCUCAUUCACAGCAAAGUUCAGUCCCAGUAAAGUAGAAGCUGCCUACUGUUGCAACAGCCAUCAGCGACAGCAUACAUCAUGCCACCCUGGUGUCUACGGUCUUAUCAUCAGCUUCUCAACUCACCAGAGAAGAAACUGGUCCAGGGCAAGUCAAAAUUUGAAAGAAAUUGUGUCGGGUUUGCAGGAUGGGAGUGUUGAUGAGAGACAGUGUGAGAACAUCUUCUGGACCUCCUUUGUGAUGAGACGUGUCUCUAUCCUGAUGAGAAUUAUGCAGCUCUUGGAUUUCCCGAUAAUGUUCUGAAGCAUAUUACAUCAGUGUUUUGUGGCUCCGACAUUACUCUAUGGCGAACCAUUUGGAACAAGGACUAACACAGUUGUGAUGGUUAGUGGCAGUGGAGAAGUCACGUACACUGAGAGAACUAGAGCAGUGCCAGUGGACCUAUCCCAACAACAGUGGGAGACAAACAGAUUUAAAUUUGUGUAUUAAUUGAUUUAUUGACCCUCAGCAAACCAAAUUUGAUCUGAGAAACAACUCUCUUACUAGAUAUUGUGUUGUAGCUACAACCGGUGAUGGAGUGUACGAG